UCUCCCAUCCAUGGAAAUGCUCCGUGCAGAUCCAUAAAGAACCAAAUUCUGCUUAAUAUGAACUUUUUGCCAAGUGGAAUAUGUUUUUUUCUAUCGGUAACAACCUGCUGGCUGACGGCCAAGGUCGAUGCGUCCUGGUGGUACAUGGGCACCCUGGGCUCCCAGGUGAUGUGCGACAACAUCCCCGGCUUGGUGAACAAACAGCGCCAACUCUGCCGCCAGCACCCCAAGGUGAUGCAGGCCAUUGGGGCCGGGAUGAAGGAGUGGAUCUCUGAGUGCCAGCACCAGUUCCGCAACCACCGCUGGAACUGCAACACAACAGCCAGGGACCACAACUUGUUUGGCCGUCUGCUGCUACGCGGCAGCCAAGAAGUUGCCUUUGUGUACGCCAUCUCCUCUGCAGGAGUGGUGUAUACUUUGGCCCGAGCUUGCAGCCAGGGCGACCUGGACAACUGUUCCUGUGACCCCACCAAGAAGGGCUCAUCGCAGGACUCCAAGGGCUCCUUCGACUGGGGAGGCUGCAGCGAUCAUGUGGAGCACGCCAUUCACUUCAGUCAAAUCUUUGUGGAUGCCAAAGAGAGGAAGGAGAGGGAUGCCCGAGCGCUCAUGAACCUGCACAACAACAGAGCUGGCAGGAAGGCAGUGAAGCGCUUCAUGACUUUACAGUGUAAAUGCCAUGGUGUCAGUGGCUCGUGCAGCGUCCGUACCUGCUGGCAGGCUAUGGCCGACUUCCGACGCACUGGUGACCACCUGAGGAGGAGAUACAAUGGCGCUGUGCAGGUCGCAGUCAAUCAGUAUGGAACUGGCUUUACAGCCGCGCACACACACCUCAAACGUCCUAGCAAAAAUGAUCUGGUCUACCUGGAAGACUCACCAGACUACUGUAUAUGGGACCCUCAAUCAGGGUCGAUGGGCACGGCGGGCCGGCUCUGCAGCCGGGCGUCCCGCGGCUCGGACGGCUGCGAGGUGAUGUGCUGCGGCCGAGGCUACGACACGGCGCGGAUCAGCCGCACCACCAAGUGCGAGUGCAAGUUCCACUGGUGCUGCGCCGUCCGCUGCAGAGACUGCCAGCAGCUGGUGGACGAGUUCACCUGCAAGUCCCACACAUGAUGGGAGCUGCGCCUGCCGUCAGGACGGACAUGUUUAUGCCAACCGGAGCUUUUAAUAUAUUUCUAGGUAGACUUCAGUCACUGCUGCUCUGCUAGAAACGUCUCAUUCCUCGACCCGAAGCAGACCAGACUGAUGAAACUAAAGUAUUUCAACUUUUUCACGUUCAGCUACUUCACAACCACAAUUGUCAGUGUAUUUUAUUGGGAGGCUGGGAUUUGAAUAUUGCAUAAAAAUGCAAAUAUUCUUGCCGGUCAUCUUAUAAAGUGAAACUCGUAUAGAAUCAUCACCUAGAGCGAUUUAUUCCAAGCCUUUGUUUCUUGUCAUUUUGAUAGUUAUGGCUAGCAGAAAAUGA